UUCCAAAGGUUUCUUCAGCUUGAUCUCGAUUCAAUGGCGAGGAUCGUCGUGAUGUUCGACUUCGACAAGACGAUCAUCGACUGCGACAGCGAUAACUGGGUCGUCGACCAGCUCGGCGCCACCGAGCUUUUUGAGCACCUCCUCCCGACCAUGCCGUGGUAUUCUCUCAUGGACAGGAUGAUGAAGGAGCUACAAUUACAGGGGAAGACCGUCGAAGAAAUUGCAGAUUGCCUGAAGAGGGCUCCAUUGGACCCUCACGUCAUCACGGCCAUCAAAUCGGCUUAUGAUCUUGGGUGUGAUCUGAGGGUGGUGAGUGAUGCCAACCUCUUCUUCGUCGUGACAGUCCUCAAACACCAUGGGCUUCUUGAGUAUUUCUCGGAGAUCAAUACCAAUCCAAGCUAUAUGGACGAGGAGGGGAGGCUCAGGAUCUUCCCUUACCAUGACUUCACCACCUCUUCUCAUGGCUGCAGCCUCUGCCCUCCAAACAUGUGCAAGGGUAAGAUCAUCGAACGAAUCCAAGCACAAGCCCCUGCAGAUGGAAAGAAGCGAUUCAUCUACCUAGGCGACGGGAAGGGUGACUACUGCCCUUCUCUCAAGUUCAGUGAAGAAGACUAUGUCAUGCCAAGGAAGAAUUACCCUCUGUGGCAGCUCAUCUGCGACAACCCUCAGCAGCUCAAGGCUGAGGUCCAUGAAUGGAGCAAUGGUGAGGAAAUUGAAAGAACCCUCCUGCAGCUCGUCAACAUGUCGAACAUUGCCGAUCACAACAAUGCUGCCCAAUUAUUCUCAGGAGAUUGCAAGCUCGAGACCAUUCCUGCGUCACCCAAUGAAGCCCUUAUCAGCGGACCUGCUCAUGACCAGCUGGACAAAGCCAUCGGGUUAAGCUUUGCACUUCAACACACGUCCCGGCUCAAAUGUUUCAGUGAAACGUUCUCCUAAACAGCGUUGUGUCUAACGGAUCUUCAACAAACCAGCUGGGCAACAAAAUCCUAACAACCUUCUGACAACUAUGAUCUCUCCGAUCUCUAUAUAUACCCUAUCAAGUAAACCGAUGUGCGAUGGGUAAUGAAAAUAUAUUCUUCUUCUUCUA